ACUCAGUCAAAAAUUAUAAAGAUAUUGUUUUUUAUAAUAUAAGCCAUCCGUGCAAGUAGAGAUUAGAGUUUAUAAAAGAGAACGAAACCCAAAAAAAAAAAAGUAGAGAAAGUGCGAGGAAAUGGAUUUGAAUGGAAACGGGUUAAUGAAAGUGAAGGACUCGAUUGAAGUAGUAGAAGAUGAGUUAGAGAGUGAAGUUUCAUUUGUUCGAAUAUUAUGGGUUACUCAUUCAGGACAACACAGAUGUCGUGCUAUUCCUAGAAAGCGUUUCUACGACGUUGUUGCAAAGAAUGGUGUUGGUUUACCAUUUGUGACUAUGGUGAUGACAUCGUUUUUGGAUAGAGCUCCACUUGGCUGUAGUGUUGGUCGAGUUGGUGAAGCAAGAGUAACACCUGAUUUAUCUACUAAAAGGAGAAUUCCAUGGAGCAAACGAGAUGAAAUGGUUUUGGGUGAUUUGAAUGUUAAACCUGGUCAAGCAUGGGAACAUUGUUCCAGAGAUGUCUUAAGAAGAGUUUCCAAGAUUCUCAAAGAUGAAUUUGAUUUGGUAGUGAAUGCAGGAUUUGAGAUUGAGUUUUUUCUCUUGAAGAGCAUAACAAGAGAAGAAAAAGAAGAAUGGGUACCAUUUGAUUCAAGUCCUUACAGUUGCUCGUCAUCAUUCGAUGUUGCCUCCCCAAUACUUCGUGAAAUUACGACUGCAUUACAUUCUAUAGGCAUUCCAGUAGAACAGUUACACAAAGAAACUGGACAAGGCCAAUUUGAAGUGGUUUUGGAAUACACCAUUUGUACUAAAGCUGCAGACAACUUAGUUUACGCGCGUGAAACUAUUAGAGCAAUUGCCAGAAAACAUGGCUUGAUUGCAACUUUUCUUCCAAAGUACAUUUUAGAUGACGUGGGUUCUGGAUGCCAUGUCCAUCUAAGUCUGUGGCAGAAUGACAAAAAUGUAUUUAUGGCAUCUGAUGAAUCAUCAAAGUAUGGAAUAUCAUCUUUGGGAGAAGAAUUCAUGGCUGGAGUUCUUCAUCAUCUUCCUUCUAUUUUGCCAUUUGUAGCACCACUUCCUAUCAGUUAUGAUAGGUUACAACCGAUUACAGCGGGGUCAUACUUAUUAUGGGGAAAUGAAAAUAGGAAUGCGCCAUUGCGAGUUUCAUCUCCUCCUGGAACUCCCAAUGGUUUAGUGAGUAAUUUUGAGUUUAAACUAUUUGAUGGUGUUGCAAAUCCAUAUUUAGGCUUAUCUGCUAUAAUUGCUUCUGGAAUUGAUGGUCUUCGUCGGCAUCUUUCUCUUCCUGAACCUGUUGAUACAAAUCUUACUCCAGAUAACCUUCAAAGAUUGCCAAAAUCACUCUCAGAAUCAUUGGAAGCUCUUGAUAAGGCUGACUUCCUUGUGGAAUUUUUUGGUGAUAAGUUAUUGAAUGUCAUUAAAGAAAUUCAAAAGGCUGAAAUUCAUGAAUACUCGAAGAACAAGGAAGCAUAUAAACUACUUAUACAUCGUUAUUGAUUUUGAAGAAUUAAUGUGACUUGUGAUUUUGAAGUUAUUUGAUACUUUGUGGAGUGUUUGAUUAAGAGUUGUGUAAAUGAUGUUUCUUUUACAAAUAAAAUGUUGGUUCUUAAAUUCGUUGUUUUAGUCAUUAAUGGGUCAUGUAAAUUUUGUUCACGGAUCCUUUUGGUUCUGUUUGUGUUUUUUUAUGGGUUAAGAAGAAUCCGUUGCUCACUUGUUUGGCUCUUGCUCUUUUGCGGAUAAUAUUUGGCGGAGAGUGCUAAUUUGGUUAGGCCCCAUUGAAGAGUUGUCUUUGGAGGAGUUCAAAGUACUCUUCUAUUAUAUUGAGAAAGUGAAGAAUGUGUUGAAUAGAAAAGUUUUAACUGUGACAUGGUUAGUUUUGAAUUGGAGUAUUUGGCUUUCGAGAAACGAUAUUAUUUUCAUUCAAGCGGUUCCUUCUUUCGAUGAUUGUAUGACAGUCAUUGUUUUCAGAUCGUAGACUUGGUUUUCUUCUUGUAGUUCCAUUAAUGAUGGUUGUAAUUUUCACACUUGGAAUACUCAUCCUCUCCUCUGUUUUGCGAGAUAGAGUCUUUCUGUUUUUUUUGUAUCGGGUUGAGUAUCCCUUAUACUCCAUUUUAAUAGAUUUCUUGCCUAUUAAAAGAAAGUCUUAUGAAUCUUUUUGUAGUUUCGACUAGUAGAAGAACUCUUUGGUGUGGUUAUUAGAUUUUAUUUUUUUUAUCCUUGGAUGUAAAAAUAAUUAGAGAUGGAAAAUGGGCAUGUCCGUCCCGUUUAAUCUUGUCCCACAAAAAUUCGUAAGAGAAUUGUGUCGGACGAGCAUAGUUGAGAGUGCGAUCCUAAUUCUUUGACCAUCCGUUUAUUCUGGAUUUUGGUAAACAACCUCUAGUCUCUUUAUUAAAGGUAAGAUAUUUAAUUAGUGUGUAUAUGUGUUUCAGUCAUUGUUU